GAACGGCUAUAAUUAUAUUAUAUCAUGUUACAUAUCCUCUUUUCCCCCAACAAACAUCAACCCCCCCACCCCACUUUAUAAAACCCCCACUACCACCAUUUCCACCAUUGGCAUUUUACACACUCCAAUUCCAUCAAACAAACAAGGUCCACCACCACCAUCACCAUGAGUUAUCCCCCACCCGCAGUCGGUGCUCCUCCUCCACAAGGUUAUCCACCAGAAGCCUACCCGAAAGACGCCUACCCACCACAAGGCUACCCCCCACAGGGCUACCCUCCACAGGGCUACCCCCCACAAGGCUACCCUCCACAACAAGGCUACCCCCCUCAGUACGCCCCUCAGUACGGUGCACCCCCUCCUCAACAGCAACAACAAAGUCAGAGUAGCGGUUUAAUGGAGGGAUGUUUGGCUGCCCUGUGUUGCUGCUGCUUGUUGGAAGCUUGCUUUUGAUUGAAGUAUGAAUGGAUGGUGGUGAUCAAGAAUGGGAUUUGAACAUUUUGUUUUAUCUUUUCUGCAAAUGAUUUUGGGCUUGAAAUGUAGCUAGUAGUUUCUUUUCUGCUCAUAUUUUUAUGGAUCUUGAGUUUCUUGUUUGGAUUAUGGUCUUAGUUUUGAAACAAACUAUGUUUGAUGUU